AUGCGGUUACCAUGUGCUCCUCAUCGUGCAUUUAGGGCACUGCGGACGCCGUCGGCAUUGGAUCUGCAUGGUUCUCGACGCUGGCAGCACAAUGCAACAUACGACGCCGCAGUUCUCGGCGCGGGAAUCACCGGUCUGACCGCCGCCUACCGGUUAUCGCGCGACCCCAAGUGUUCUCGAGUCACAUUAUACGAGAAGACAAGCGAAGUCGGAGGAUGGAUCAAGUCAGAUGUUCGGGAUGCAAACGGAGGGAAGGUCGUCUUUGAGGAGGGUCCGCGGACUUUGCGGACUGCGAUCCCGACGUGUCUGCCGCUCUUGGACUUGAUAUUCGAUCUAGGACUAGAAAAUGACAUUCUGAUGACCGAGAAGUCUGCCCCCGCAGCUCUCAAUCGCUACAUCUACUACCCCGACCAUCUCGUUCGCAUGCCGUCUCCCAAUCCUAACCUGAGCGUUGCGCAGAAUGUCACUUCGAUAUUAAGUACCAUACUACGAGAACCGGUGUUUGAGUCGUUCAUCUCGGGAGUUCUGCUCGACCCUGUCAGGCCGCCCUCCCCGCCCUAUGUGCUGGAUGAGUCGGUUGCGGAGUUCGUGUCGCGACGUUUCUCACCGCGCGUCGCCGAGAACCUGGUUUCUGCUCUGUACCAUGGGAUCUAUGCCGGUGAUAUCAACCAGCUGAGCGCGCAAGCGCUGCUGGGGAGGUUCCGGAACCUGGAAUUUUCGGGGCGUGGCGUGAUCGGCGGCAUGAUUGACCAGACAACAUCCGGAAUCAAGUCCAUGUUCACGGACGAUCUCCUUGCCCUGGAAGCAAUUGGAAGUGAUCGGUUUGUCUCGAUUGAUAGCUCCGGGUCGUACUUGAAGAGUCUCUCGUCUCUAGUGAAGAAGGCGAGUGUGAUCACAUUCAAGGAGGGCAUGUCUGAGCUCCCCAAUGCAUUGAAUAAGGCGCUGUGCAGUUCAGACAAUGUUCAGGUCCUUAAUAAUACCAAUAUCAAGGCGAUCACACGGGAUACAGACACCUCAGAUAUCACUAUCCAUGCGACAACGGGCGAGGGCGAGACCGUCUCUCGAACACACAAUCGCGUGAUUUCUACAAUCGCACCCCCCGCGCUGGGACAAGCCCUCAAUACACGCGUCAAUUCGAACCAAAUGCUGCCGGAGGCUUCCAUCCGACAUCUUCUCCACGGCCAUAGUUCCGUGAGCGUGAACGUCGUGAACCUGUGGUACGACAACCCGGAUCUCCUUCCCAUAGCCGGGUUCGGCUACCUUAUCCCUCAAUCCAUUCCGUUUGAGCAAAAUCCCGAGCGGGCCUUGGGAGUGAUUUUCGGUUCCGAUUCCAGCCCCGGCCAGGACACCGUGCCUGGCACCAAGCUGACCGUCAUGAUGGGCGGUCACUGGUGGGACGGCUGGACGGAGGCGGACCGGCCUGAUGAGAAAGCCUCCAUUGACAUGGCGUGCUCUGUGCUCAAUAGACACCUGGGUAUCACCGAGACCCCUAAACUCGUGGCCUGCACUCGGGCGCAGGACGCUAUCCCCCAGUACACGGUGGGCCAUUUGCAGCGCGUGCGAGUGCUCUCGGACUCUGUCCGGCAUGAGUUCAAUAACCGGCUCACGCUGGCUGGAGCCUGGUACAAUGGUGUCGGGGUGGUUGAUUGUGUGCGGCAGGGAUACAUGGCUGCCUCGUAUGGUGUCGGUGCUCUCCGCGUGCCCCGGGGCGAUGGCGAUCGGCCGUGGAGGAAGUUCGACUACCAGAAUUGGAUUUUGGAGGGCGGAAUACCCACGUCGCCCAUCCCGCAUAUCGAUGUCUAUGGAUCUGAACGGAGGCAUUUUUAG